UCAUCCACUCACAAUAAUAAAUUAAAAAAUAUACACUAUCAAAUACUAACUUUUAUUUUGGGCCUUAAUACUUGAUAGGUCUCCUUCCGCUUAGCGGGCUUCGUGGUCAGUCCCAAUCACCACACCUCUCCCAGCACAUCUUCCUUCCUAUCCUCUCCCACAAACAACAACAAUUCACAAAUCUUUCAAAUUUAAACCACCAGAUCUACGGUUUGACGCGACGAAAACCUUUGUAUAUUCAUUUUAAAUUAUCAAGCACUUUUCAAUCAAACAAGGUAAGCAAUUAUCCCAUACUUAUGUGCGAUUCUGCAUCGCAGUGUUGACUGGACGCGCCUACUCAUCAUCUUGCGCCAAUCUCAGUUAUCCUCUCACAGCACACAUUCUUACUAACUAAUCUCUAUAGAAAGCAAUGGCUCGUGUAACUAGAUCCGCCACUGGUAAGUUGCUUCCUAUAUUUUUUCUCCGAAACCUAUUCUUUAGCUAUCGAGCAUACGGUCGCAAAGUCGCGUAAAAAGAGAGCUCUGCUGAUUCGUUAUAUCAGGCAGUAUCCCAGCCAAACCCGUACCAGCACCUGUCGAAGCCCCGAAGCCAAAAAAGGCCGCACCAAAGGCAAACACUGGAAAGAAGGUUGCUCCAACCAAGGGAGCUAAGCCAACUGGUGUUAAGAAGACCGCCGCCCCGAAGAAGAAAUCAACAGUGGCUGCCAAGGUAUAUAAGAUAUUGUCAUAUCUAGGACUAUUUUAUUGAUUCUUCUAUAGGUUGAAGCUGCUGUAGAGAAAACCGAGGAGGUUGCCGAGAAGGCUGCAGACAAAGUCCAGGAGAAAGUUGAGGAGGAGACCGUUGAGGAGGAGACCCCUGAUGAGGAGACUGCCGACGAGGCCGUCGCUGAGAAGCCAGCGCCAAAGAAGAAGGUAUGCCAAAUACUUACUUCCAGAUGCUUCAAUAUACCUUUGAUGUCUUCUUAUAUUUCUCUCUGAUUAACAUGGCUUCUUUUCCCAGGCUCCCGCACCAAAGAAGCCGGUCACCAAGAAGGCGGCUGCCCCAAAGAAACCUGUCGUCAAGGCCUAAACAGCAAUAUCUCUAUCAAAUUCAACCGCUCUCCAAAAACACAGAUGGAGGUGUCUCUCACAAGAGCCUUUAUAACAUAACAACCUUUUGGAUUGACCAUACCAUCACUCCUACUAGUUGAUACCCAAUAUCUUUGUUCUGAGCGAGUGUUACUUUGGAGUGGAUACGAAUCUGACCUGGCGUUUCUCAGGCGUUUUCUAGUUUUUGGUUUGAGCGUGGUAAUAGUACGAUCAAUGCUAUCUAUCAUUUAGGUGUAUUUUGAGGAAUUGUAUCUAGAUAGUAUCUAUGGAUGCGUAUUUUGGAAUAGGGAUGCACUUUUACUUUAUCUUUAUUUUGGAGAAAGAAUUGUGAUGAGAGUGGUUUUGGAAGAGAUAAAGUUUGUUAAAUGGGCAGACAAUGGAUAUGAAGGAAAUGUAAAUGAUUUUGUACUGGAUGAUUUUUGUGCU